AUGGCCGGUGGUGCUGUCAUCAUGGCCGGCGGCAACACUUCACGUGUGGAGGCGCCAGUCACCUUCAAGGCGUACCUCAUGUGUGCCUUUGCGGCCUUCGGUGGUAUCUUCUUCGGAUACGACUCUGGCUACAUCAACGGUGUCACCUCAAUGAAUUACUUCAUUAAAACUUUCCAGCACCUGGACCCCAACGUCGUCAAGGGCAGUGCCUUUGUUAUUUCGGCGUCGCACAAGUCCCUGAUUGUCUCCAUCCUGUCUGCUGGAACUUUCUUCGGUGCUCUGAUCGCUGGUGACCUGGCUGACUGGUUCGGUCGCCGCACUACCAUCAUCGCUGGCUGCAUUAUUUUCACCAUCGGUGUUAUCCUUCAGACUGCCUCCAGCAGUCUGGGUCUUCUGGUUGCUGGUCGCCUGAUUGCUGGUUUCGGUAUGGGCUUUGUCUCUGCCAUCAUCAUCCUGUAUAUGUCUGAGAUUGCACCCCGCAAGGUUCGUGGUGCCUUGGUGUCUGGUUACCAGUUUUGUGUCACCAUCGGUUUGAUGCUGGCGUCCUGCGUCGACUAUGGCACUCAGAAUUACAACACCUCGGCCUCGUACCGUAUCCCCAUUGCCCUGCAGAUGCUUUGGGCCCUGAUCCUGGGUGUUGGUCUGCUCUUCCUGCCCGAGUCACCUCGUUACUUCAUCCGCAAGGGUGACAAGGUCAAGGCUCGUACCGUCCUCGCCCGAAUCCGCGGCCAGCCCGAGGACUCGCACUUUGUCGACGAUGAGCUCACCGAGAUUGAAGCCAACCACCUGUAUGAGCUUCAGGUAAUCCCCGAGAGUGGUUACUUCGCAAGCUGGCUCAACUGCUUCCGUGGCAACAUCUUCCACCCCAACAGCAACAUUCGUCGCACCAUCUUGGGCACCUCGCUCCAGAUGAUGCAGCAAUGGACCGGUGUCAACUUCAUCUUCUAUUUCGGAACUAGCUUCUUCACUACACUUUUCCAGAAGGAACAAGGUGCCGUCACCAACCCGUUCUUGCUGAGCAUGAUCACCACCAUCGUCAAUGUCCUUUCCACCCCCUUCUCCUUCUACGCAAUCGAGAAGAUCGGUCGUCGUCCUCUGCUGCUGUGGGGUGCUCUGGGCAUGGUCAUCUGCCAGUUCAUCGUCGCCAUCAUUGGUGUGACUGACGGUAACAACCCCCAUGCUCUUUCGGCCAUGGUUGCAUUCAUCUGCAUCUACAUCUUCUUCUUUGCCAGCACUUGGGGCCCCGGUGCCUGGGUUGUCAUCGGCGAGAUCUAUCCUCUGCCCAUUCGCUCCCGUGGUGUUGCCCUUUCCACCGCGUCCAACUGGUUGUGGAACUGCAUCAUCGCUGUCAUUACACCUUACAUGGUCGACGCCGACAAGGGCAACCUUGGUUCCAAGGUCUUCUUCAUCUGGGGUUCGCUUUGCGCUUGCGCCUUUGUUUACACCUAUUUCCUCAUCCCUGAGACCAAGGGCCUGACCCUCGAACAAGUUGACAAAAUGAUGGAGGAGACUACUCCGCGCACCUCCGCCAAGUGGACUCCCCACUCCACCUUUGCCGCUGAGAUGGGUCUGGAAGAGAAGAGCAAGGGUGGUGAAGACGUUCCUCAGGUCACCCAGCAGGAGGUUUAG